CAACUUGGAACUUACAUACAACACCCAUUGUUCAAGAAACCGACGGAAUUCGACUCCGAAUUUUCUUGACUUGUUCACCAGAUUAUCAGUAUCAUAUUCCCACUACUCCAGCAGAAUGGCAGACACACCACCAGUUGCCUCGUCCGAGGCCAGCACACCACCUUCCAGUGCAGCAGAACAAGCACGCAUCCGCAAAGAACGACGCGAAGCAAAGAUCAGAGCUGGAGGCUCGGCGCGAUUAAACAGAAUUACAGGUCUAGGAGGUGGAGUACAACGAGAUGCUCCACCACAACCCACAGUCUCCUCACAUGCAGACCCAGAUGAAGUCGAUAUCUCACAACAUUUCUAUGAACCCCAGCGUACUUCAAGAGCGAACGUCAAUUCCUCCCCCUCUCUCGCUUCCAUGCCCCAAGGAAUGAACGAUGAUGCGUUGCGACAGAUGAUGCUGGGCUUCGAUCCAGCUGCAGCACCCGGCGCAGGACCAGGUGGCAUGCCUCAGACCCCGUUCGCAAGUUUUAUGGGUGGAAUGGACGGUAUGGGUGACGGCCCAGCAGCAGACGACCCAAUUAUGAAAAUGAUGCAGCAAAUGAUGGGAGGUAUGAAUGGGGAUGGACCACAAGGCAUGCCUUCGUUUCCAGGAAUGCCGCCAAUGCCAGGCCAGCCUGUUGCUGCUACAGCAGACCCGUAUGCGUAUCUCUGGAGAAUUGUACAUGCAGUCUUCGCGCUAGGAUUAGGGCUUUAUAUUGCCUUCACGACUACGUUUACAGGCACGAAGAUAGAUAGGGAGAGAAGUGCUUUGGGGUACAGCUCUGCGGAUGAUGGAGUCAUGAAGCCGGCAUUGGUUCACUUCUUCUGGGUCUUUGCUACCGUGGAAGUUUUGUUGCAAAGUAGUAGGUUCUUUUUGGAGAAGGGGCGUGUUCAGCAAGGAGGUAUUCUGGGAAUGAUUACGAGUUUCUUGCCAGAGCCGUAUAAGGGAUACUUGACGUGGUUUAGUCGGUAUUCUAGGAUCUGGACCACGGUCAGUGGUGAUGCGAUGGUCUGCGUUUUCGUGUUGGGUGUUUGUGCUUGGUUGAGAGGCAACUAAGUUCAGUUGUCCUGCCUUGAGAAGCUAUCAAGGGAAUAAAAAACUUUGCCCUAAUUCAGACUUUGCACAAGUUAAUACUAUUAUUGACACGAAAAUGAUUGCCUCAAGUCGAUGACAGUGAUCUCGAUAGUGAAGCCAAAAGCCAAAAAUUCUUCCAUCCCCAAAAAAGACAAGCGAAGCAAAAACUCAGACCUCACC